GAUUAGGUUAGGUUUCAAGCAAACCUAACGUCAAAAAUAAAUGUCCCUUAUAUGUAUAAAUAAGUUUACAUAUAAUAAAUAAAAUCGCAAUUUUUUAUAAUUUUAUGUGUAAACGAUGGCACACAGUAGAACGGAAAGAAUUGGAACAAUCUUUUCCAGAGUGACAGCAUUGUGGAAAAGUAAAGCAAUAACAGAAGAAAGUUUACCAUUAUGGUAUAAUAUAUAUAAAACUUUUCCUCCAAAAUAUGAACCAAGAUUUGAUAGACCAGCACCACAGAAAUCAGUACGAAAUAUUUUCUAUGAAGAAGAUAUUGUAAGGGCAAAAUUUCAAAAGGAUGUAACCCUACCAGCUAUAGAUUUAAAAAGUGAUAAACUUUCUCAGACUCAAUUAUUUUAUAUCAUCUAUGCAAAUUUAAAACGGAUUAGUCCCAAAGAAAAAGAAGAAGAUAUAUAUAUAAAAGUGUUGGAAAUUUAUGAAAGGGUUUUUGGUACAUCAGUAAAACGUCGCGAAAACAAAUCAUCAGACGAUGAUACGAAGAAGAUUUAAACUUAAAAAGAUAGAAAUACCUGUACUAUAUGUACAUACUUAAAA